GCACACGACAAAGUGAACUUCGUGGCGUCAGUCAAAAUCAUUGUUGAAAAAUCGAUGACAUGCCAUCGAGCCGUGAGCAGGAGCAGCCGCCACUUCAGGGGGUGGAAAAUCACCCUCAAGACUCGGGCCCCGCUGAGGAGCAAAUGAAAAGUUGCUUGAAAGUAUUCAAAAUGAAGGGAUCGACGCUGGACAAAAUCUGCUGCUUCCUGGCCGAGCUCAUCGGCACAGGCAUGCUGGUCUUCCUCGGCUGCAUGGGAUGCGUGAAGUCGGACCUGUUCCCCAACAACCAUCUGCAGAUUAUUCUCAACUUCGGUCUGGCGGUCAUGAUCUGCAUCCAGUGCUUCGGCUGUGUGUCCGGCGCCCAUCUCAACCCAGCGGUAACUGUUGCCGCCUACAUCUACGAGUUGGUCACACUUCCCAUGGCCUUUGUCUACUGUGUGGCCCAGAUGCUGGGCGCCUUCAUUGGCUACGGCCUGCUGAAGGUUCUCCUGCCCGAGGACACCCUCAGUGCGGGCGUUGGACUGUGUGUGACCUUGCCCCACAACAGCAUUAGCCAUGCUCAGGCCUUUGGCAUUGAGUUCGUGAUCACUGCCAUCCUGGUGAUUGUCUGCUGCGGCGUCUGGGAUCCCCGCAACUCCAAGUUCCAUGACUCUGUUGCCAUUCGCUUCGGUCUGGCCAUUUCCUGCCUUGCCUGCGCUGCCGGUCCCUUCACCGGUGCCAGCAUGAACCCGGCCAGGUCCUUUGCUCCUGCCCUGUGGAAUGCCCACUUCGAUUCAAACUGGAUCUACUGGCUGGCUCCACUCAGUGCUGCCGCCGUUACCGCCUACGCCUACAAGGCCGUCUUCCGGCGAGAGGUGGUGGAGGCGGAGAUCACCAGCCACGAGAAGCUGCGCCAGCUGGAGGACGUACAGCUCUCAUAGAAGCGAACGGGGAUGCCAAA